AUGGAUGCGUCACGGAAGGACGUGGAGAGCUGCGCGGCGCUGCACAAACACACGCGUGGAUCCAGACUGACGCUGCUGCUCGUGGCCCUGCAGACCCUCGUCCUGAGCGGCUGCUUGCUCACUGGACUCUGCGUGUACUGGAGCAGACACGACCCUCGGCCCGGGACCUCCUCCGAGACCACCUCUGGGACCUCCUCACCGACCCCCGAACUCCGCGAUGAUGUGCACAUCCAGUUUUUCCCAAUUUCAGAUGUUUUGGGAAACUCAACACUGAAGUUUGAGCACGUUCUACACAGAAAGCAGAUGGACCUAAUAAACGGGAGCCAUAUCUUUGUACACUGUGAUGGGCCCUAUGUGGUGCACAUGUACGUCUGCUUUAAAAGCACCGAGGGCCAGGCCAAUGGGACCCUGCAGCUGGGGGUGGCAGACAGCGAACAUCCUCACUGUACUUUUCCCCUGCAGACGCAUCAACAGCAAGAGGUCUGUAGGGGGCUCCACGGCAUCACGUACCUCAGAGCAAAGAACGACGCCUCUCUGAAACUUGUUUCCACUCACAACUUCAGAAUCAAAAAUAUCACUGUCGGCUUCAACUACCUGCUCGGCUCCAGGUGUGAAUACUGA